GCCCUUUCUGGAUCAUACAGACUGUAACAUAUAAAAGCUGUUAGUAACUCCUGUAGCCAGCAGCUUUCAAAACUAGCAGAGUUUUGUUCUUUGAGGGUUUGUAAUAAGACACAACCCUCAUUACAAGGGUUCAGACUACAACAUAAGAAAGACUUGUAUAAAUUGGGAUCACAAUAUAUUGUAUUCAGUUUUGGUAUUACACAGAGAUCUGCUCUCCUGCCUUACAGCUGAGCAACCCUGUGGCCUAGCUUCCUCCCUUGGCCCUAAAAUGACAGCAAUCUCUGCAAUCAGCUGUGUUUUCUUAUUUUUCAUUCUAUGUGAAACAAGUGCAAUAGCAUUACCCAAUUCCACUGACCUAUUCCUCUCAAACAAAAAUUUCACUGACUUUGAAGCAGCUUUGGCAGCUCACUUGGACUCCGGAAAAAUUCCCAAAGUCAGGCGGAAGCGAUACAUUUCACAGAAUGACAUGAUUGCCAUCCUUGAUUUUCAUAAUCAAGUCAGAGGCAAAGUCUUUCCACCUGCUUCAAACAUGGAGUAUAUGGUUUGGGAUGAAACUCUUGCGAAGUCUGCAGAGGCUUGGGCUGCAACAUGCAUUUGGGACCAUGGACCUUCCUACUUACUAAGAUUCUUGGGCCAAAACCUCUCUGUAAGAACUGGAAGGUAUCGAUCCAUUCUUCAGCUGGUAAAGCCAUGGUAUGAUGAAGUGAAAGACUAUGCAUUUCCAUAUCCUCAGGACUGCAACCCUAGAUGCCCACUCAGAUGCUAUGGACCCAUGUGCACACAUUAUACACAGAUGGUCUGGGCCACUUCCAAUCGGAUAGGCUGUGCAGUCCACACAUGCCACAAUAUGAAUGUCUGGGGAUCUGUUUGGCGGCGAGCUGUUUAUUUGGUAUGCAACUAUGCCCCAAAGGGCAACUGGAUUGGAGAAGCGCCAUAUAAAGUAGGAGUCCCAUGUUCUGCUUGCCCUCCUAGUUAUGGAGGAGCUUGUACUGACAAUCUUUGUUUUCCAGGAAUAACAUCAAACUACUUAUAUUGGUUUAAAUAAGUUAACAUAAGUUUACAUUAUUUUUAAAUAAUUUGUCUGAGUAACAAAAGCUUGUAUAUUGAAUUUUGCACAUAUUUUAUAUAUAUUUAUAUAGUAAUAAUACCCUUGUUUUCUUUGUAUAUGCUUUUGAACAAUUAGCUGUCAGAGUACAGUCUAGGUUCAUUUUUAACUCUUUGGAAUGUAUAACUACAAUUCUCUAUUUCAGGCCAUGAUCAUGUAGAGAAGGAUAAUCUUACAUCAUCUAAAGAAAGUGUAAUUUCCCAAAGAAUAUGUUCUAUUUGUUAUUAAAAGCAAAUUUAAAAGGUCACUGUCAACUUACAUCUAAAAUGUGAUCUUUCCCUUUGAGACUGGGUACAUUGCCUUCUUCUUAUAUACCCCACAUUGCCCUCACCUUGCAAACAAUUACUCCCAUUUCCAUUUAUGCUUACUCCUGCAUGGUUAAUCGGACUCUCUGAGCAAGUGUUAACACAUUUGUAGGAGGAACUCCAGCAUUCAGCAUUAUGUUAGCUUCCCUCUGCACAACAGUGACUAACUUAAGGUAUUUCAAGAGUUCAACACACAGAUGAUGCUAUCACCAAUGAUGCCUAUGUGGAGGAACACAAGUAAAGAAUAGGGAGCCACACUGGCCUUUGUACCACUAAGAAAUAUGAUGGAACUGAAAGUGUCCACCAUUCUGACUAAAACUUUGUCUAAACUAGAAAGUCGUAUCACUUCAACUAUACUGCAUGGUUAACAUUGCAUAGCCUGUUAGUGUUGAUGCAAUUAUACCAGUAUAAAGGCACUUUAUGCAGGUAUAGCUAAUCCUCUGCACAAUAGGAUCAGGCUAUUUCCUGAAAAGUGUUUUAAUAACUCAGUGAAGAAAAAUAUAUUUAUUCUCCUCCUAAAUAGCAAACUUAUUGUGGGAGCUAAGUAGAACAUUUAUGGAUAAAGGGACUACAGCUCAAACUAGAACACUGUUUAUAUGUAUAAUAGCUUGUCCUUAAUGGUAUGCAUAACAGACAGGAGUCCAAAUUCUUGCCCUCAGAUUCAUGUAAGCAACAAUAAUUAAAGUGGCAUUAAAGCAACAUUCAUUAAAGAGUUGUACCUUCAUGUUGCUGGACAGGGAAUACAAGUGAUCUCCCACAUUUCCACUCUGAGUGCACGUCUACACAGCAGUGUUAUUUUGGAAUAGCUGACAUUAUCAUGAAAUAACAUCGUCUGUGUAUACACUACAAGCAGUUAUUUCGACAAUGUCAAAAUAUUGGUGAGCUGGAGGAUUUCUUACUCCGACUCCUGUAACUCUCAUUUUACGAGGAGUAAGUUGGAGGAAGAGUGCUCUUUCUUGGUCUUCCUGCUCUGUAGACUGCACCAAAAGCCACAAUGAGCUAUUUUUACUUACUCUACGCAGUUCACAUAGCUCAAGUUGCAUAUUUGGCUUUAGCCCUGCUGUGUAGACAUACCCUCAUUGACAUAAAUAUGUUGGGCAGGAGUGGCAAGGCUGCCCCCUGCAGUUCCCUUGUGCUCUCUCUCCAGGCAAUCCAGCCCCAGCCAGUUCCCUUCUGC